AUCCAAAGGCAAAUGUUCAUCAAACUCCAUUGUUAUGGCGAUUUAUUGAUUUUUACCACUCUUUUCUUUUUUCGUCUUGAUCGUAUUCAAACAUGAAUUAGAUUCGUAGUCACUUCCAAACACUCCUAAAAUCUUCUCCCUGCACUUCUUGCUUUCUAGGGUUUCGAAGUUGCCUCUCCACCGAUUUCUCGCCUUUUUCUCUCUGGCGUCUGUGAAACUCGCAUUAGGGUUUUGGGAAUUCGAAUUCUGAAGUGGGGGCAGGCAGUCUUGCUCAAGGUUUAGUGGGAGGGGUUGAAGAGGAUGAUCACGGAGAAGCCUAGCUGGGUUAGACAUGAGGGGAUGCAGAUCUUCUCCAUUGAUAUCCAAGCCGGCGGUCUCAGGUUUGCAACUGGUGGAGGUGAUCACAAGGUUCGAAUAUGGAACAUGAAAUCACUAGAGGGGGGCUCUGAAAAUGAUUCUUCAACUCCUAAAGUGCUGGCUACACUGCGGGACCACUUUGGAUCAGUUAAUUGUGUCAGGUGGGCUAAGCAUGGUAGGCUCCUUGCUUCUGGAUCUGAUGAUCAGGUAAUUCUUAUUCAUGAGAAAAAGCCUGGAUCUGGUACAACUGAAUUUGGCAGCGGAGAGCCUCCAGAUGUAGAAAAUUGGAAAGUUACUAUGACAUUGAGAGGCCAUACUGCAGAUGUGGUAGAUCUCAAUUGGUCUCCUGAUGACUCAACACUAGCUAGUGGUAGCUUGGAUAAUACUAUUCACAUUUGGAGCGUUACCACUGGCAUCUGCACUGCUGUACUAAGAGGGCAUUCCAGCUUAGUCAAAGGAGUUACUUGGGAUCCUAUUGGUUCUUUCAUAGCUAGUCAGUCAGAUGACAAAACUGUAAUAAUAUGGAGAACUAGUGAUUGGAGCUUGGCACAUAAGACAGAAGGCCACUGGUCAAAGUCGCUUGGUUCUACAUUUUUCAGGCGCCUUGGGUGGUCACCGUGUGGCCAUUUCAUCACUACUACUCAUGGCUUUCAGAAACCUAGACAUUCAGCCCCUGUUCUUGAAAGAGAAGCAAACUCUGCACCUGCUGGAUGGACCAAUGGAUCUUCUAAGGCUGCAUCAAGAGAGCUCCAACCAUAUAAUGUUAUUGCAAUUGGAAGUCAGGACCGUACUAUAACAGUGUGGACGACGGCAAGUGCCCGCCCCUUAUUUGUUGCUAAACACUUCUUUACACAAAGUGUUGUUGACUUAUCAUGGAGCCCAGAUGGCUAUGCUCUUUUCGCUUGCUCUUUGGAUGGCACAGUAGCCUCCUUUCAUUUUGAGGUGAAGGAGCUAGGACACAGGUUAAAUGAUACUGAGCUGGAUGAAAUAAAGAGAAGUCGGUAUGGAGAUGUCAGAGGAAGGCAAUCAAACUUAGCAGAAAGUGCUGCACAGUUAGUGCUAGAAGCAGUCUCAGCUAAGCAAACAGCAAGCAAAAAAGUAGCAUCUACUGUUGAGAAAAAUCAGAUAUCUGGAAAAGCUUCCACUGAUCCAGUAAAUCCAAUUAUUAGCCAACCAAUUCACAAGAGUACUGAUGCCCAGCCUGGAGAUGGUAGAAAAAAUGGAGGGGCUAUAAACGAUGGUUCAAAUACUAUUACAUCUGCGCAGUUAUCAAGUCCUCCAAAACAAAGAGAGUAUCGCCGUCCUGAUGGCCGAAAACGAAUUAUACCAGAAGCAGUUGGAGUUCCAGCACACCAGGAAAAUCAGUCUGCAGUUCAUGCUCAACUUGCAGAAUUCUCUCCCUUGGCCUUGGAUCAAACAAAGGACAAUCGAAAUGUAGUUGCUGAUGGUGGGGUAAAAGAUGCUUCCCUAAAGCGUCCAUUUAGUGGAAGCUAUGAGACACACAGCUAUUCUGACAAGCUUAACAACUGUGGAUCUAAGGAGCGUUCUGGAAUCACUGCAAGAGCUAACAUCACUGAAAGUCUUCUUAUCGAGAAAACACCAGUUCUGACUAGCACUGAUGGAAGGGCUAAUGUAGAACAUAUAGGGUGUAUAGGCAUGCCAAGUUCUCUAUCAACCUGCAAUUCUCUUUCAAUUCGAGUAUUUAAUAAGAAAAAUACUGAAGACAGUUUACCAAUCUGCCUGGAAGCAAAGCCUGUUGAGCAUUCUGCCCAUGACGUGAUUGGUGUUGGUAAUGCAUUUUCCACUAAAGAAACUGAAAUAAGUUGCACACAAGGAUCUGAAACUCUGUGGUCUGAUCGCAUAUCUGGAAAAGUCACUGUUUUAGCUGGAAAUGCCAAUUUUUGGGCUGUUGGUUGUGAUGAUGGUUGCCUACAGAUCUACACUAAAUGUGGAAGGCGAGCCAUGCCAGUCAUGAUGAUGGGAUCUGCUGCAGUUUUUGUAGAUUGUGAUGAGGCUUGGAAGUUGCUUCUUGUCACAAAAAGAGGUUUGCUGUAUGUUUGGGAUCUUUUUAACAGGACUUGCAUUUUGCACGAGUCUUUAGCUUCUCUAGUUACAGCAAGGGAGGAGUCUUCAACAAAAGAUGCCGGUACCAUACGAGUUAUUUCUGCAAGAUUCUCCAGAUCAGGGUCACCUCUGGUUGUUCUUGCCACCCGUCAUGCCUUUCUGUUUGACAUGAGCAUGCUGUGCUGGCUAAGGAUAGCUGAUGAUUGCUUUCCAGCUUCAAAUUUUGCAAGUACCUUUAACUUGAGUUCUAUUCAAAGCGGUGAACUGGGGAAGUUGCAGGUUGAUGUUGGCAAAUUCUUGGCAAGAAAGCCAAGCUGGACAAGGGUGACAGAUGAUGGGACACAGACACGAGCACAUUUGGAGACACAGCUUGCUUCAUCUCUUGCUCUCAAGUCCCCUAAUGAAUAUCGCCAAUGCCUUUUAUCUUACGUUAGAUUUCUUGCAAGGUCAGUUUUAGUUUUUUCCUUUUAA